UGCUGUUAGUGUGACGUAUAAUCUAGUGGACGGAACGCUUCUUUCAGCAGCAGCAACAGUUAGUCAGCCACCUCGGUAGCUUGCUAAACAAAAUAGCCGAACCCAUAAAACUCUUUAGACGCUUUAGUGUAUAUAAGCCACUGUGUUUUAAACCCUCUUCUGUCGUCUAGUUAGUUAGUUAUCCUAUUUCAUUUCAUAUUUACGGUGUUGUUGUUAUUAUUCAGCUGGCGGGCUGGUUAAGUUAGCAUUAGCCUAGUUACCUAGCAUCUCCGACCAUGAGUUCACUAAAUUACUCUCUUCCUGCUGAAGAAGAGACGGUCUGCUGGACGGAGAAAGAAGCUCUCAUCAAAGAGGAGGAGGAAGAGAAGGAUGUUACAAUACAAAAACAAGUAGAGGGUGAGGCUGUUACAUGGAAAGAAGAAGAGGAAGACGCGUUCAGAGUGAAAGAGGAGGAGGAUGUUACAGUAAAAGAUGAGGAGGAUUCACUUUUUGAAGUGAAAGCGGAGGAGGGGGAGAAUACGGUCUCAUCGGAAGAAGAGGAGGAGGAAACUGGAUAUCUGGGCCCGAUUUCCCAAACGCAAUUUAAGGCAUCCAGUGGUUCUAAAGAUGAACUUAGCCAUAAGAUGGUUUUGAGAAACCGGGCCGUGAUUACCACUGGAGAGAGACGGGACUACCGUGGGUCCUCUGGGGAGCCUCAACAACCUCAUGAUGCUGACAAGGCAGAGAAGAGUUUCUCCACAUCAGAACACCUCAAGAAACACCAGCAGAGAUCCACAGGGAAGAAACCUCACUGCUGCUCUGACUGUGGGAAGAGAUUCACCUCCUUAGCAGGCAUUAAAAUUCAUCAGAAAAUCCACACAGUAGAGAAACCUUAUAGCUGUCAAUGUGGGAAGAGUUUUACUCAUUCAACCAGCCUGAUAUCACACCAGAGAACACACACAGGAGAGAAACCGUAUAGCUGUGAUCAAUGUGGGAAGAGUUUUGUUACAUCUGGCCAUCUGAAGAUACACCAGAGAACACACACGGGGGAGAAAUCGUAUAGCUGUGAUCAAUGUGGGAAGAGUUUUACUACAUCUGCCCAACUGACUCUACACCAGAGAACACACACAGGAGAGAAACCUUAUAGCUGUGAUCAAUGUGGGAAGAGUUUUACUCAGCUAAACAACCUGAUAUCACACCAGAGAACACACACAGGAGAGAACCCGUAUAGCUGUGAUCAAUGUGGGAAGAGUUUUACUACAUCUGCCCAACUGACUCUACACCAGAGAAUACACACAGGAGAGAAGCCUUAUAGCUGUGAUCAAUGUGGGAAGAGUUUUGCUGCAUCUAGCACUCUGACUCUACACCAGAGAAAACACACAGGAGAGAAAUCUUAUAGCUGUGUUCAAUGUGGGAAGAGUUUUACUCAUUCAACCAGCCUGAUAUCACACCAGAGAACACACACAGGAGAGAAACCGUAUAGCUGUGAUCAAUGUGGGAAGAGUUUUGUUACAUCUGGCCAUCUGAAGAUACACCAGAGAACACACACAGGGGAGAAACCGUAUAGCUGUGAUCAAUGUGGGAAGAGUUUUAUUACAUCUGCCCAACUGACUCUACACCAGAGAACACACACAGGAGAGAAACCUUAUAGCUGUGAUCAAUGUGGGAAGAGUUUUACUCAGCUAAGCAACCUGAUAUCACACCAGAGAACACACACAGGAGAGAACCAGUAUAGCUGUGAUCAAUGUGGGAAGAGUUUUACUACAUCUGCCCAACUGACUCUACACCAGAGAACACACACAGGAGAGAAACCUUAUAGCUGUGAUCAAUGUGGGAAGAGUUUUGCUGCAUCUAGCACUCUGACUCUUCACCAGAGAAUACACACAGGAGAGAAAUCUUAUAGCUGUGAUCAAUGUGGAAAGAGUUUUGGUCGAUCUGGCCAGCUGACAUCACACCAGAGAAUACACACAGGAGAGAAAUCUUAUAGCUGUGGUCAAUGUGGAAAGAGUUUUGGUCGAUCUGACCAUCUGACAUCACACGAGAGAAUACACACAGGAGAGAAAUCUUAUACCUGUGGUCAAUGUGGGAAGAGUUUUACUACAUCUAGCAUUCUGACUGUACACCAGAGAACACACACAGGAGAGAAACCUUAUAGCUGUGGUCAAUGUGGGAAGAGUUUUAAUACAUCUGGCUCUCUGACUGUACAACAGAGAACACAUACAGGAGAGAAACCUCAUAGCUGUGAUCAAUGUGGGAAGAGGUACACUGAUAAAAGAUCUCUGAUAAAACAUCAGAAAAUACAUGGACUAACGUCCCCGACCAUGAGCUCCCUAAACAUCACCUCUCCUGUUAAAGAAGAGGUGAUCUGCUGGACGGAGAAAGAAGCUCUUGUGAAAGAGGAGAAGGAAGAAGACAAUAUCACAGUAAAACAAGAAGUAGAGGGUGAGGCUGUUACAGUGACAGAAGAGAAAGACGUUACAGUGAAAGAUGCGUUCAGAGUGAAAGAGGAGGAUUUUACUGUGAAAGAAGAGGAGGAUGUAGUUUUUCGUGUGAAAGAAGAGGAGGUUGGAGAUCUGUUUAACACCAGAGAGAGACGGGACUACCGUGGGUCCUCUGGGGAGCCUCAACAACCUCAUGAUGCUGACGAGGCAGAGAAGAGUCUCUCCAGAUCAGAACACAUCAAGAAACACCAGCGGAGAUCCACAGGGAAGAAACCUCACUGCUGCUCUGACUGUGGGAAGAGAUUCACCUCCUUAGCAGGCAUUAAAAUUCAUCAGAAAAUCCACACAGUAGAGAAACCUUAUAGCUGUCAAUGUGGGAAGAGUUUUACUCAUUCAACCAGACUGAUAUCACACCAGAGAACACACACAGGAGAGAAAUCGUAUAGCUGUGAUCAAUGUGGGAAGAGUUUUGUUACAUCUGGCCAUCUGAAAAUACACCAGAGAACACACACAGGGGAGAAACCGUUUAGCUGUACUCAAUGUGGUAAGAGUUUUACUCAGCUAAGCAACCUUAUAUCACACCAGAGAACACACACAGGAGAUAAACCAUAUAGCUGUGGUCAAUGUGGGAAGAGUUUUGGUCAAUCUAGCACUCUGACUCUACACCAAAGAAUACACACAGGAGAGAAAUCUUAUAGCUGUACUCAAUGUGGUAAGAGUUUUACUCAGCUAAGCAGCCUGAUAUCACACCAGAGAACACACACAGGAGAGAAGCCAUAUAGCUGUAAUGAAUGUCGGAAGAGUUUUAUUCACCUAAGCAGCUUGAUGUCACACAAGAGAACACACACAAGAGAGAAAUCUUAUAGCUGUACUCAAUGUGGGAAGAGUUUUGAUACGUCUAGCCAUCUUAUUGUACACCAGAGAAUACACACAGGAGAGAAACCUUAUAGCUGUGGUCAAUGUGGGAAGAGUUUUGGUCAAUCUAGCACUCUGACUCUACACCAGAGAAUACACACAGGAGAGAAAUCGUAUAGCUGUGGUCAAUGUGGGAAGAGUUUUACUACAUCUGCCCAACUGACUCUACACCAGAGAACACACACAGGAGAGAAACCUUAUAGCUGUGAUCAAUGUGGGAAGAGUUUUACUACAUCUGCCCAACUGACUCUACACCAGAGAACACACACAGGAGAGAAACCUUAUAGCUGUGAUCAAUGUGGGAAGAGUUUUGCUGCAUCUAGCACUCUGACUCUACACCAGAGAAUACACACAGGAGAGAAAUCUUAUAGCUGUGAUCAAUGUGGAAAGAGUUUUGGUCGAUCUGGCCAGCUGACAUCACACCAGAGAAUACACACAGGAGAGAAACCUUAUAGCUGUGAUCAAUGUGGAAAGAGUUUUGGUCGAUCUGGCCAGCUGACAUCACACCAGAGAAUACACACAGGAGAUAAAUCUUAUACCUGUGGUCAAUGUGGGAAGAGUUUUACUACAUCUAGCAUUCUGACUGUACACCAGAGAACACACACAGGAGAUAAACCUUAUACUUGUGGUCAAUGUGGGAAGAGUUUUACUACAUCUGGCUCUCUGACUGUACACCAGAGAAUACACACGGGAGAGAAACCUCAUAGCUGUGAUCAAUGUGGGAAGAGGUACACUGAUAAAAGAUCUCUGAUUAAACAUCAGAAAAUACAUGGAGUUGUUUCAUGAUAUCAAUGAAUUAAUGUCACAAUGUAGAAUGUUUUAACAUUGUAGUAGGAGUAUUUAAAUGAUGUCACAAUGUAGAACCCUAAAUGUUUGUCCCCUGUUCUAUUGAUUUCAGCAUGAUAUGGAUAUUAGCCUCAGGGUAAAAAUCCAGGCUCUGAAUUGGAAGAGUACUAUUUAUGUAAUUUAACAAAAAGUGACUAACACAAAAAGAGCUGUGUUACACUUACCAUGUUGAUGACCCACUUGAAUCAUAAUGCAACACUUCGAAAUGUAGCGAUCUAUUUUCUACAAAUUGUCCUCUAAUCAGGGAUGUACACAUUAUUCCCAUAUUCUGUGUGUUUUUUGAGCUUUUAGUUUUAACAGGACGCGUAACCUCAUCUCCCUUCUGUCACACAAUUAAUUUUGACAUGAUAUCGAUGAGUGAUGACAAAUAAGUGUUGUGUUCCUUUGUUUAGUGACCCCUACAUUUAAAUGCAUCACUUUAAAAUGUAGCUGACUGUCUUCUGCAGGUUGUCCUCUAACCAGUGAGAUAAAAUAUAUCUCCCAUUUCCAUGUGUUUUUUUAGUUGUUAGUUUCAACAGCAAGUACAUUCUGAUUUCCCCCCUAAUCGAUAUCAGUGAUUUAUUGCUACUUGUCAAAACAACAGUGUUUCUGGUGCUUGUGCAGUUUAUAAGGUGCUUGUUUUUAAAAAUAUUAUUAUUGUGGCCGAUGUUUGUGUAUAUACCACAUGUUAGGUUUUCAAUUGAUCCCAAACUGUUUCUGCAUAUUGGUUAUUGAUUUGAACAUGUUAAACUGUGUUUUGACAUUGGGGCUAUCCCACCUAGCAACUAUGCAACCAAUUAUUUCAUAUUUACAUUUUAUGUAACAUUUGGUAAUGAUAAUUAUUUAUGCAACCAACUGACAAUUAUAUUGACAUUGUGCUUUUAGAAUAUCAAGGUUAAUUCUCACAUGUGCCAAACCAAAUGUACUAGAGCAUGACAUUGGGGACUGGACCCAGAUCCAACAACAUGCCUAUCUAGUGAACCCUGAAAAGAGAGAGAAGCUCCGCAGUGAGGUGGAAAGUUACUGGAUAUUGCAGGAGUUUCUUCUUGAAAUCAGACACGUCCGCGGUAAGGACAACCUGGUUGCUGAUUGUCUCACGGGGGGCAGUCAAAAAUAUUUGUGUUUUGCGUUUAGCCAGUGCGUUGCCAUGGAUCACAAUUUAUUUUGACUGCACGGUUUUCCGUAUUGGAGAUGAGUUUUGUUUGGGCUCGUUCCAAGGGGACGAGAGUUCUAGAAGCUAGUGAGUUUUAGGAAGACGAGAGUUCUAGAAGCUAGUGAGUUUUUGAAUUCUAUAGAAAGAAAAAGGAGAAAAGUUAUGAUUGUAUAUUAUUAUUUAGAAAUUGUUUUUUUUCUUGUUUUUAAUUGUUGAUAGCCAGUAGACACCAUGUUUAUAUUGGUGAAGCAUUGUGGUUGAUUAUAAUGUGAAAUGGAAGUUGUUUUCUGUUGGUGGUGAGCAAACUUGUCCAACAAAAAUAUAGGAUAUAUUUGUUGUCUUAAGGGGGGAAGGUGUUACAGGCUUUAUUGCGUAUAGCUCGUUAGCACGUAGUACGCAACACCUUUAGUUGCUCCACCUUUUUGGUUUGCUUCCUGUCUUUAAGUUUGGUGUGGGUUUUUCUUUUGUUUGGCUCUUCUUGGGCAGAUUUAGUGGGUGUCAUGGUGGGUGUCUUUUAGGUCCCAGUUGUUACCAGUCAAUUUUCAAUCGAUGCCCCCGUAGUGUCUUUCAGAGCCCAUCCUAAAAAACAAGUUAUGUUUUGGGUUGGAUGUAGCAUCAUAUUGUUAAUAUUUGAAUCAAUGGCAUUUCCUUUGCAAUGCUCAUUAGUUAGUUGUUCUUCGUUUUUUUUUUAUCCUCAAUAUUUCUGUUUAUUUUCACUGUUUUUUCCUGUGAAGCCAUUGUGUUGCAUCCAUGUCUGAAAUGUGCUGCAUAAAUAAAGCUUGAUUUGAUUUCAACAAAUGAA